GUUGAGCGUCAACAGACCGGCACUGUGGUACCGGGAGCUAUACCAUGCUGCUACUGCGCCUGUGCUCUCUGCUUGGCGCUGCCACCCUCACCGUACAGGGGAAUUUUGAUGGGGUGCUGGUGGACACGAGGGUUUUGGAGGCGGCGGUGAAGAAAUUCCUGAACGAACAAGAUGAACUGUUUUCCUCACAGUGUGCCAAGACCCUCUCGGCAUCAUGGGACUAUCAGACAAACAUCACCAGCUACAACAUGAUCCGCUUGCUGGCGGCUCAGGAGGACUACAAGACACUGCAAAAGGUCUCCUGGGUGAUGGUGGGGAGGUGGAGGGCAAUGCAUCGGUACCUGCAGGAUCCCGCCAUUAUGAGACAGCUGGAAGCCAUGUCCGUCUUGGGUCCUGCCGCCCUACGAACUGAAUAUUUGUCCAAGUACACCAACACAGUGAGGGGCAUGACGGCUGUGUAUACCAGUGCCACCGUGUGUAACUAUCAUCGCCCCUAUCAGUGUGACCUUACCCUAGAGAGAGCAAAGAAGAUCUUACGCAACAGUCGUGAUCCAAAGGAGCUGGCGCACGUGUGGAGGACAUGGAGGGUCAACACUCGCAAGAUACGGAGAGCCUACCCUCGGUUCGUGAGGCUGGCUAACCACGCCGCCCUGGCCAAUCACUAUGCCAGCAAGGACGAACUGGAGCUGUUUGAGUAUGGCGGCGUGGACUUCAAGAAUCAGAUGGCGGAAGCUUGGGAGCAGUUGAAGCCUCUCUACCUGCAGCUACACGCCUACACCAGGAGGAAACUUCGGCAGGUGUAUGGGUCACAGGUGGUCUCCGAGCGUGGCCCCCUACCCGUUCACCUGCUAGGAGACAUGUGGGGGCAGCAGUGGAAGAUCUCAAAGCUUAUCAUGCCUUACCCUGGCAAAAGGUAUCCUAACGUCACUAACAGGAUGAGGAAACAGAGAUACACCCCGACGUUAAUGUUCAAGGUGGCAGACGACUUCUUUAGCUCUCUGGGUCUGCCACGUAUGCCGCCCUCCUUCUGGCGUGACUCUCUCCUGCAGAAGCCUCACGACAGAGAAGUUGUCUGCCACUCUUCUGCCUGGGACUUAUGCAACGGCCAAGACUACAGGAUCAAGCAUUGCGCGGAGGUGAGCGAGGAGGACCUGGCUUCAGCCCAUCACGAGAUGGCUCAUCUGCAGUACUUCCUCCACUACCGCCACCAACCCUACGCAUACCGCCAGGGAGCCAACCCAGGUUUUCAGGAGGCUGUGGGUCACACUGUGGAGAUGAUUGCAGCCACGCCCAGGCACCUCUAUAGGCUGGGCAUCCUCAGGAGGCUAGAGGAGGACCCGGAGGCCGAUAUCAAUUUCCUCCUUCAGGUGGCCCUCGACAAACUAACCUUCAUGCCGUUUGCUUACCUGAUGGACCUGUGGCGGUGGCGAGUGUUUGACGGUACCUACGAGGAGAGUGAGUGGAACUGUGCUUGGUGGGAUCUCAGGUACAACGUGCAGGGCGUGAAGCCUCCGAUCCUGCGCACAGAGGACGACUUUGACCCCGCCUCCAAGUACCAUGUUGACGCUGACCUCUCUUAUACCAGGUACUUUGUUGGUUUUGUGCUGCAGUAUCAGUUUCACAAGGCGCUGUGCAUUAAGGCAGGGCAGUAUGGAUGGAACUCUGCCAUACCUCUCCACAAAUGCGACAUCUUCAGGUCUACCGAAGCUGGUAAAGCCCUGAGAGAUAUGAUGCAGCUGGGGAGUUCGAGGCCGUGGCCGGAGGCGCUCCAGGUGUUGACGGGUCAGAGGGAGAUGGACGCCUCCGUCAUGAGGGAAUACUUCAGGCCCCUGGAGGACUGGCUGAGGAAGGACAACGCCCGGCAUGGAGAGUACGUCGGCUGGAGGUCAGACGGCGAGUACUGUGUGUACAAGAAGCCCUUCCUGAUGCAGCCCACCAUCCACUCAUCCACCAUCAUCCAUCACAAAGAUGAUCCCAUCCUACAAGUGAACUAAAAUAAAAAUAAAAGUAUUCUUCAGUAUAACAUUGAUAUGAUUUGAGGCGUUUUCUCUCUCCCAUUUUAUUGUUAUUUUAAAUGUAAUGAUGUUCAACUUCCUUAUAGUAACUCCUCUAAGCUUGUUUAAUAUGUCGGUGACUGCAACUAAUGUACUGUAAGAUGAUAGUGUGUGGGACGUAGAUGGUGUUUACACAUCGAGGCUACGUUGUUUAACCUUUUAUUUCUGUUAACACGAAGCUUUAGACUCUGAUAUCUUGUGACGCGGACUCGAUCCCCAUUCAAUGAUAUUAAUUCUUACUUCUAAAGUUGUAGUUAGAAUGAUAAAGGGUAUUAUGUUAUCUCUUCAGGUAUAUUAGACGGUGUAACUAGUGUGAUCCUUCUAUUCUAUUUAUAUGAAAAUAAUUAUUGUUUUAACUUAUUGCUGAUGUUUUAAGAUUGUUUAUUAAAACAUCAGAUGGCUUGUUGACUUAUUGUUUACUAUUGUAUACCAGCAUUAUCUAAGUACAUUGGAAACUUUAGACCUCCACGGUCUAUGUACAGUAGAAAGUAUACCUGCAUUGUCUAAACACUUGCUGAACUGUAUGCUUGCAUAGUCUAUAUAUAGUACAUGUCACACCAAUUGUAAACCUGUAUGGUGAUCUUACUGAAUAAAUACAGUAUUGUUUUAUUAUUCUCAUCAUUAUUUUCUUUUUGUAUGUACUCUCAGCUUUUGAAAAAUAUAUGUUUUCAAACUUUCUAAAGUGGUAGUGUUGCUGUUGUACCGAGCAUUGUUGGCAUUAAGCCGAGAUAAGACCCACUAAUACCUAUGUUCUCAUAUUCCACAAUUCUUCACUUUGU